AUGUCCGGCCGCACCCAACCUCCGUGGCAGGCGCCGCACGCCCGCUCUGAUCUCCCGCCGCUCCACGUCUACAACUCCCUGACCCGCUCCAAGGUCCCCUUCGUGCCCAUUGACGGCAACAAGGUCUCCUGGUACGCCUGCGGUCCCACCGUCUACGACGAUGCCCACCUGGGCCAUGCCCGCAACUAUGUCUCGACCGACAUCAUUCGCCGCAUCAUGCGCGAUUACUUCAAAUACGACGUGCGCUUCGUCAUGAACAUUACCGACGUCGACGACAAGAUCAUUCUGCGCGGCAGACAACAGUAUAUACUCGCAAAAUAUGUCGACAGCCACCCAGAGCUGGACGACGAGACGCUGUCCGUAGCGAAGAAGGCUUUCGAGGCCUACCUGAAGAAGAACCUCUCUCUGCUUCCUGCCGACGCGCAGCCUGAGCAAUACGCGGAAGAGGCAAAGAAGGCAUAUGGACACGUUUUGGCGGGUAAGGCGGUCGAGGGCGAUGGUCCGCCCGGUGACAAGGAGGCCAAGGUCAAGAUGCACCUGAAGACAGCAUCCGCCGCUGCCGAGGCUUUGAUUCUGGCGGAUGCGAAGAAGACCAGCGUGACGGACUUCUACACCAAGGCCGAAGAUGUCCUGCUGCCAUACCUCGACUCCCUGUACGGCCACACAAUAGACGCCAACGACCACAGCAUUUUUACCAGGUUGACCCAGAAAUUCGAGCGCCGCUUCAUGGAAGACGUGCGCGCGUUGAACUGCCUGGAUCCAGACGUGGUGACCCGCGUCACUGAAUACGGCCCGCAAAUCGUAGAUUUUGUGGAGAAGGUCGUGAAGAAUGGCUACGGCUACGUCACAUCAGACGGUUCUGUGUACUUUGACAUCCAGGCCUUUGAAAAGGAUGGCAACUCCUACGCACGCCUAGAGCCGUGGAACAGAAAUGACAAGGAUCUCCUGGCUGACGGAGAAGGCGCCCUCACCAAGAAGAGCGCCGAGAAGCGCUCGGAUGCUGACUUCGCUCUAUGGAAGUCAUCAAAGCCGGGUGAGCCGGCAUGGCCAAGUCCUUGGGGCAUGGGCAGGCCAGGUUGGCACAUUGAGUGUUCUGCGAUGGCGUCAGAUGUCCUCGGCCAGAAGGUGGACAUCCAUUCUGGAGGUAUCGACCUUGCUUUUCCUCACCACGACAAUGAGUUGGCCCAAAGCGAAGCCUUCUGGGCGGAAUGCAAGCACGACCACCAAAGCCACCAGUGGAUCAACUACUUCCUUCAUAUGGGACACCUGUCCAUCUCCGGGUCAAAGAUGUCCAAGUCCCUCAAGAACUUCACUACCAUCAGAGAAGCGCUGGGUCGCGGUGACUGGACUCCUCGUUCCCUGCGCAUCGUUUUCCUAUUGGGCGGCUGGAAGGAGCCCGUCGAAAUCACCGAGGGUCUCGUCAAGGAGGGCUCCGCUUGGGAGGAAAAGGUCAACAACUUCUUUUUCAAGGUCAAGGACCUUGAGAGGCAUCCUUCGCCCGAAAACGCGGCGUCGGCCGAGGCGGACUCUGCUCUUCAGACGGCCUUCAGUGCUGCGCAAACAGAACUCGACAAGACACUCUGCGAUUCGUUCGAUACCCCCGGCGCUAUGCAAGUUGUUUCCCGUCUGAUUACAGACUACAACUCGGCAGCUACAAAGGCCUCGCUAUCAGACGCAACGGCCCUCACGAUCGGCCGCUGGAUCACCAAGGUCGUCACCAUCUUCGGUCUCGACGGCAUCGCCGGCCUCAGCGACGCCAACCGCAUCGGCUGGGCCGGCAUCGACAUCCCGGCGCCCGCCCAGCCCUUCGUGUACCCCGUCUCCGCCCUCCGCGACGCCGUCCGCGACGCCGCCAAGUCCGGCACCAUGGACGUCACCGCCAUCAAAGACCUCGCCUCCAAGGAUCCGGCCGCGGCGGAGCAGCCCGCCGACGCCGUCCCGUACGCCGAGGUCUACACGCAGUUCCAGGAGGACGUCAAGUCGCUGGCGGACAAGCAGGCGCCGGCCAAGGACUUCCUGUCGCUGUGCGACAGGCUCCGCGACGCGCACCUCUGGGACCUCGGCAUCUACCUCGAGGACCGCGACGCGCAGCAGCUCCCCGCGCUGGUGCGCCCGCUGUCGGCGGACCUCAUCGCCGCGCGCGAGCAAAAGGACGCGCAGGCCGCGGCCAAGCUGGCGGCCAAGGAGAAGCGCGAGCGCGAGGAGCUGGAGCGCAAGGCCGCCCUCGCCGAGAAGGCGAAGCUGAGCCACCUCGAGAUGUUCCGCUCGGCCGAGUACAGCGCGUGGGAUGACGAGGGGCUGCCGGUCAGGGACGCCAAGGGAGAGGAGCUGCCGAAGAGUCGGACGAAGAAGUUGAGGAAGGAGUGGGAGAGGCAGAAGAAGCUGCAUGAGGAAUGGUUAGCGGAGCAGAAGAAGUAA